AUGGCCAGUCUGGGGAACCUUUCACCGGAGCUCCACCGCCAAAUCCUCCUUUACGGCACGCAACCGUUUCGCUGGGCGCUAUCCAUGACCGACCGAUAUUUCCACGCGCUGAUCGGGCCGGUGAUUCUCAGCAAAGCCGAGACCUGGGACCUUCGGAUGCAGCAAGAAAAAUCCGACCCUGGCCGGUACCGCCGUGCAUGUUCCAAAUGCUUCCGGUUCCUUCAGUUCUACCACUUCUCGCGCAACCAGGCGAGCGCGCGGACGAAGCCCGAAAAACGCCUGUGCCUCGACUGCUUCGCGAAAAUUGACAAUCCGAAAUCAGGAAUCAAAUGGUUCUGUGGCGAUAUAGAGCAGUGCCCCGUUUGUCGCCGCUUGAUCUGCGAUGCCGAUGUGCCAUUGUCCGGGGUUUCGGAGGGGUAUCGUUGUCGCCCCUGCCUGAGGUUUCGCGCUAGAUUGCCCCCCACCAACACCACCACCGACGAUGGAACGGUGCAAUACGUCAAAUUCUUCCGUGACUGGCUGGAUCGUCUGGAUGUUAAGUUGCCGCCGAGACAUCUGUUGUUCCUCCGGCCGGAUUCUCUGAGACUGGACGAACAGGUCUCGACAAUGCUCGCGAGGUUGGAGGAUUUGGGCCCUUCCCAUUUCGAACGACUCUCUUCCCGUUGA